AUGAUCUUUGAUGGAACAGUGAUAAUGCUUCUUGGUGUCCAAAACUCACAUAUGGAAGAACUUAUUUGUGUUGAAAAUCGUCAAGAUGACAUUUUCAAAUUUGAUGAAGAAGUCAUUGAAGUUCAAUGCGAAACAUCACGAAACAAUAAUAGAGAAGAAGCAGAACUAUCAUUUUCUGAAUGGUUGGAGGUGGAUGAGCAUCUGGCUGUGUGGUUCAAGUGGAAAGAGAAUUGGCAUGCAGGAAUCAAAUGUGCAAGUGCUGAUUGGCCAUUAUCAACCAUAAAAGCCAAACCAACUAAUGAUAAUGAGCAGAACAAAUAUAUUGUAAUUUUUUCGCCAGAAACAAGGAACUAUUCAUGGGUUGAUAUGCUUCUUGUUAAAUCAAUUCAUGAGUUUCCUCAACCAAUAGCAUAUGAAACUUAUCAUGAAGGAUUGAAAAUGGUACAAGACUUGACAAUUGCACGACAAUUUAUAAUGCAAAAGCUCGCCGUCGAAAUGCUCUACAUUAUUAAUCAGUUUCAUCUUAAUGCUUUGAUAGAAGCUGCUCGUAAUGUGCUGGUUUGGAAGCAGUUUGCUAUGGAAGCUUCUCAUUGUCGUCGUUAUUUAGAUCUUGGAAUAAUGGUUCAGAGGUUGCAAAAGAACAUAAUGCAUUGCUACAUAAAAGAUAAUUGGAAAUUACAUUCAUCUGAGUCUUGGGCUGAAAGAUGCCAAGGUGCAAACAAUGCUCAAACAGUAGAGCUGCUUCAGGAGGAAUUGUUUGAUUCUAUUUUGUGGAAUGAUGUCCACACUCUCCGUGAUGCACCGGCACAACAAAACUUAUGUUUUGAAUGGAAUACAUGGAACCAUGAUGUGAUGAAAUGGUUUUCCACAUUUCUUUCCUUUUCUAGUAGCAGUGACACGCAACAGCAUGCUUCUGGCUCUGAUGGUAUGCACCAAGCAAGCCUUCAAGUUGGCAGCAAAAGGCCUAAACUUAAAGUUCAUCGUGCAUAUACACAUUCUAGGAAAGAAGGCACUGUGGAGGUACCCAUGGUAACUGAGUUUCCUAGUCAAUUGAUCAGCCCAGUGAGUGAAACUGUAGUUCAGUCUGUAGAUUCUGAGAUCUUGUUCAACAAUGGAACAAUAUCAAGGCCUUUGGAUGAAACGGUUGUUCAAAUAUCUGAAGAACAUGAUGCUAAGGAAGGGAUUUUGGAUCGACAAUGUCAAGCAUAUGUCGAAUCCAAGGGAAGGCAGUGUAAAGAAAAAAGUGUUAAAGUUCUUACUCCAUACUGUGGAGGAACAACUAUUGAUGGUUCUAGAUGUAAGAAUCAUUCUCUUCCCAGUUUCACCUUUUGCAAGAAACAUCUCUGCAUUGCUGACAGAAACAACCGUUCAAAUUCAAACUGUCAUACGUUGAAGAGGAAAUAUGAAGAAAGUUGUAGUGGUCAAAAAAAUCCAUUGGAGAUCGAUACAGUGUUGAUCAUUGAUGAUGAUGAUUCUUUUUGUGCAAAGAAUAUCCUAGGUGAAACACUCAUGCUUUCCGGUAAUGAUCACAAUGAAAUCGAUGCUUUUCGGCAGACAGAGUCUUCUAACCAUGGUAAUGAUCAUAAUAAAGACUCUUGUUUUCAUAAUGAGAAUAUUAAUAAGUGUAAGAUUUGCUUUGAAGAAUUUGCUAAUGACCAAACACUUGGCGAUCAUUGGAUGGAAAAUCAUAAAAAAGAAGCACAAUGGUUAUUUAAAAGUUAUGCUUGUGCCCUUUGUUUUAAUUCCUUCACUAACAAGAAUCUAUUGGAAUCACAUGUUCAGAAGGGACACUGUGUGAAAUUUGAUGAAAACUGCUUGCUUUUACUAUGUAUUCCUUGUGGUGAAUAUUUUGGAAAUAUGGAGGAAUUAUGGUUGCAUGUUAAGUCAGUUCACCCUGCCGAACUUAAGCUUUCAAAAUCUCCUAAGCAACUAAGUUUGUCUACCGGUGAUGUUUCUCUGGAAGUGACUGGAAAAGGAAAUGAGAUGGGGGAAACAUCUAUGCAGCAGCCCCAAUGCUUAGAAGUUGCAAAUAUUUUCUCUUCCGAUAUUCAGAAGACCAAAGAUCAGCCUAAUAAUCUUGAUAUUUUAUCAAACGCUUGCACUGCAUGCUGUAAACAAAACUUGACGGAAAAAUCUACAAAUGUAUCAGAUCCUGCAAGUAUUGUAAUGGAGCAAGAUGAGUCUCAGUCCAUCAUAAAUUCAAAUUAUGCAAGAUUAGGGUCGUCGCAAAAGGCUCUAGUGUUAUGUGAUGACAUAAGUUGUGGGAUGGAAUCAACUCCAGUGAUUUGUGUAGUAGAUCAAAAUAUACUAAACUCUCUUUUUGAGCAAGAGCAACAAUAUAUAAAUCUUCCUAGGCCUUGGAUGAACUUUACCUAUGUGACAAAACCGAUGCUUGGUGCAUCGUCUCGUCUUGAUUUUUAUGAGGGUCAGCAACUGAAAUGUUAUUGCUCAUCUUCUACCUGUUGUUGUGAAACUUGUGAUCAUGUAUACCUUUUUGAUAAUGAUUAUGAUACUGCAAAAGACAUAUUCGGAAAAACAAUGCACAAAAAGUUCCCAUAUGACAACAAUGGUCGAAUCAUAUUGGAGGAAGGUUAUCUUGUGUAUGAGUGCAACGAUAAGUGCAGAUGUGAUAAAACCUGUCCAAACAGAAUAUUGCAGAAUGGAAUUCGCGUUAAGCUGGAAGUGUUUAAAACAGAGAAAAAGGGAUGGGGUGUAAGGGCUGGCGAGGCUAUUUCGCGCGGAACAUUUGUGUGUGAGUACAUUGGAGAGGUUUUAGAAGAGCAAGAGGCACACAACAGAUGCAAAAGUUAUGGAGAAGAACAUUGCAGUUAUUUCUAUGUUGUUGAUGCUCGUGUUAAUGACAUGAGUCGAUUGAUCGAAAGACAGGCCCAAUAUAUCAUUGAUUCUACUAGAUAUGGAAAUGUGUCUCGAUUCGUUAAUAAUAGUUGUUCACCAAAUCUUUUGAGUUACCAAGUUCUUGUGGAGAGCAUGGAUUGUAAGCGUUCACGUAUUGGUCUCUACGCAAGUCGAGAUAUUGCUUUUGGUGAAGAACUGACAUGUAAUUAUCACUAUGAGCUUGUUCUUGGAAAAGGAUCUCCUUGUCUUUGUGGAUCUUCAAAAUGCCGAGGACGCCUUUACUAG